UGACAAGUGCUGGGGGCGGCGCGUCAUCCGGGGUUAGUGCCGCCGUACACACUGCACACUGUCCGCCGCACAGCCUCACUUUGCAGAUCCUGCUCUGAAGCCUAAUCUUGCAGAGCACUGCAAUCCCAAAGCCGCAGUCUGCAGAGCGUCGCAGCGGUUCCAGUGCCCAAAUUACUGCACCAUGACAGCAGAGGAGGUGAAGAGCGAGCAGGGAGCCCAGGUCAUCUCCAUGGAGGGGAUUGACAUCAGUCCGAAGGGGGAUCAGGGGAUCCUGAAGCAAAUCAAAAAAGAGGGGACCGGAAGCGAGACGCCUAUGAUUGGCGACAAAGUCAGCGUCCACUACACGGGAUGGCUGCUAGAUGGGACCAAGUUUGACUCCAGCUUAGACCGAAAGGACAAAUUUACCUUUGACCUGGGGAAAGGUCAAGUGAUAAGGGCGUGGGACAUUGCUGUGGCCACCAUGAAAAUUGGAGAAAUCUGCCAGAUAACCUGUAAACCAGAGUAUGCAUAUGGUGCCCCAGGAAGCCCCCCUAAAAUCCCUCCUAAUGCCGUGCUUAUAUUUGAGAUUGAAUUUUUUGACUUCCAAGGUGAAGAUAUGUCCACAGAUGAAGACGGAGGAAUCAUCCGCAGGAUCAGAGUGAAGGGUGAAGGAUACUCCAAACCCAAUGACGGCGCAGUGGUAGAAUUGUGGCUUCAGGGGUCUCACGACGGCCGUGUAUUUGAUGAGCGAGACCUGCGAUUCGAGGUCGGAGAAGGAGAGGGUCUUGGGAUCCCCCCUGGUGUGGAGACUGCGCUGCAGCAGAUGGAGAAAGGAGAAGAGGCCGUGCUCUACCUCAAACCCAGGUACGGCUUCGACAGUGCUGGUUAUGAACCUUUUCAAGUUCCACCAAACGCGGAGCUUCAAUACGAAGUUAAACUUAAGAGUUUUGAAAAGGCCAAAGAAUCUUGGGAAAUGAACUCUGAUGAGAAGCUGGAGCAGGGAGCUCUGGUCAAAGAGCGAGGGACAGAAUAUUUCAAGGCCGGCCGUUACCGUCAGGCAAUCAUUCAGUACAAGAAGAUCAUCCAGUGGCUGGAACACGAGUCUGGACUAUCAGAGGACGAAGGGGCCAAGUCCAAAUCCCUGGUGCUGGCAGCUUCUCUUAAUCUGGCUGCAUGCUACCUGAAGUUGGGAGAGCACCGGCCGGCUCUAGAUCAGUGUAAUAAGGCGUUGGAAUUUGAUGCCAACAAUGAGAAGGGCUUAUUCCGCAGAGCUGAAGCUUACAUGGGGGUGAAUGAACUGGAGCUGGCCAAGGACGACCUUGUGAAGGUGAUCCAGCUGUACCCAGGGAAUAAAGCAGCACGGGCACAGCUAACACAGUGCCAGCAGAGAAUGCGAGAGCAGCACCAGCGGGAGAAGAUCAUCUACGCCAACAUGUUCCAGAGGCUGGCCGAAAAGGAGGAGAAGGAAUCUGCAAAAGUUCCAAAGGAGCAACUGCCACCCAACGAUGUAGAAAUGAGCGAAGAGACAGACAAAACGCAGCAGAGUGAAGCAACAGGAAGCGCAGUCUCCGAGGCAUAGCAAGCCAUAGGGGGCGCUCCGUCGCUGCACCCCAUGGGGAAUAGGGGAAGACUUGAUGAUCGUUUAUUUAAAAGGAGGGUGCCGUUCUCUCUACAGAUUGUGCGUGGGCUCUGCCGGAUGUGGCUUCUGUACACUAUCUCUUCAUUCCAGCCUCUUCACUCACUAUAUCUCAGGAUUUCUACCUCCACUGACCAUUCACAUAGCAGAGCCCAAGCGGUUAUACACCAGGGGAGGUGCUCUGUGGUCGAUGGGUUUCGGGUUGGACGCUUUUAGAAGUUGUUUCUUAAGACUCUACCGGUUUGGACUCUUUUAUGUUUUUAUCCUGUUGUCCUGUUCAUCUGUUUGCCCUAUGGUGGGGCCCCCUCCAAAUUGUUCGGAGGACCCCGAAAUGACUUGAAUCUCAAGGCAGCAACUCGUGUGUUUUUUUUUAAAAAUAUAUAUGU